GGGCGAGAUACACCUUGACUUUGUGACUUUAAAAAACACCACACAUAAAAAAAAGGUUUGUGUGUGUGCCUCCUCAGCGCAGUAAUAAUUAAUAGGAAAUUUAGCUGGCCCAGAUAAAGAGGGGUACAUCUCCAUGGCGACAACCCCCAGGCCUGCAAACAAACAGACAAACACACACACACACACACACACACACGCACAACUCCUGCUUAGUCUGACUGACACUUGAAGAAGUGAGUGUGACCCAUCAGAGGAGCAGCAUGCACAGAUCUUACCAGCCGCUAAAGCCUGUCACCAACCGAUACCUGCAGCAACGAUGGGACCUCAACCAGUACGAGCACCACCGCAGGAAGGUGAGCUCAACCCUCCCAGUAGUGGACAACAAGGGCAUGAGGACGCCAGCUCACAUCCAACUAAAACUGAAAAAACUGCCGGACGAUCGUCAGUCCAUCAUCGACAGAGAUAACCGGCUCCUGGCCUCCAAACUGGCCAACAUAGUUUGCUCUGAAGGUCUGGUGGACCAUUGGAACCAGUACAGCCUAAAGAGUCUGAACGGCGACAAGAGAAGGGAGGAGCUUCUGCUGGUUGGCCAUCAAAACCUGGCCAUCCACCGGCGGAUCACGUCCUGCCAGUCAGAUUAUCGCCGUCAGAUUUGGUGGGACGACUGGGAGAGGACGCAGCGCCGGCGGGAUGACAUUUCCCAGCAUCCUCGGGAGCUUGCGGGGAAACAGAGGAAGGUGAAGUUUGCAGCAACAACAACAGAGAAACCUGGGACACAAAAAAACUCCUCAAAGUGUCCUCAGCGUUCAUGAAGAAGUGGCGGCCAUGUUUGUUUCAUCUUCAUGGGAGGAGCUUAAGAAGAGCAAAUACACCUGUUUAUGUAAAGCCUUGUAUCUUUUAGGAUUUGUAGACUUUUGAGUGCUUUCGUGUUUUAUUGUUUUACUCCAACUAAAAACUGGAUUAAUGAAUUGUAAUAAAACAUCAAUCCCG